UAAAUAAUUUUUCCCGAAUAAGUAAUAUCUUUAAAUUAAACGAAUAUAGUGAUAAUGUCUAUUCGUUUUUGCGAUCUUAUGGUAAUCAAUAUAUUUAUGUAUCUAUUAGCAACGGUGACUAAAAAUGAUAUUAUCAAGAGCUAAACCAGCGUCUUCCGAAGGAGUGAAAAGAUCUACAUCGGACAAAAAAAUACCGAAAUUAGAGGAGUUUUUAGAGAAACGCGAUUACACAGGUGCUUUGACACUUUUGGAAUUCAACAACGCCUCAGAAAAUACUUUAAACUCCGAGCUAUGGAUGGGUUAUUGCGCGUUUCAUUUGGGGGAUUACAAACGUGCAGCCACGAUUUACGAAAAUUUACAAAAACGGGACGAAACACCGGCGGAUACCUCGACAAAUUUGGCAUGCUGUUAUUUCUUUCUUGGAAUGUACCCUGAAUCGCAAAAACUUCUGGAGGAUGCACCGCACAGUAAAUUGAAGAACAGACUUUUGUUUCAUUUGGCGCAUAAAAUGGGAAACGAGGCGAAAUUAAUGGAGUAUCAUCACAUGUUGGAGGAUGUAAUAGAGGAUCAACUUAGCCUGGCAUCGAUUCAUUAUCUCAGAGCACAUUAUCAAGAGGCUAUCGACGUUUACAAAAAGAUUUUGUUAGAGAACAGAGAUUACUUCGCGCUAAACGUAUACGUUGCUUUGUGCUAUUACAAAUUAGAUUAUUACGACGUAGCUCAAGAAGUCCUCCAAGUUUACUUGCAAAAAUAUCCCGACAGUGCAAUAGCGAUAAAUUUAAAAGCGUGCAAUCACUUCCGUUUAUACAACGGUAGUGCCGCUCAAAGUGAGAUGAAACAAUUGAUAGAAAAGAUGUCCAACUCUUUCAGCUUUAGUCACGAUCUUAUACGCCACAACGCUGUUGUCUUCAAAGGUGGAGAAGGUGCAUUGCAAAUUUUGCCCAAUUUAGUGGAUGUUAUACCAGAAGCCAGACUGAAUUUGGUAAUUUAUUAUUUAAAGCAAGACGACGUGCGAGAAGCAUUCGAAUUAAUUAAAGAUCUUGAACCAGCUGUGCCGCAGGAGUAUAUUUUAAAAGGGAUAGUCAAUGCAGUGAUGGGGCAAGAGACGAAUUCUCGCGAUAACAUAAAGACGGCACAACAGUAUUUUCAAUUAGUUGGCUCCUCCGCGUCUGAAUGCGAUACCAUACCUGGUAGACAAUGCAUGGCAUCUUGCUUCUUCCUCUACCGUCAAUUCGAAGAAGUUCUCGUGUACUUAAAUUCAAUAAAGACUUAUUUCUCCAAUGAAGAUAAUUUCAACUUCAAUUAUGCGCAAGCACAAACUGCAGCAGGCUACUUCAAAGAAGCGGAAGAGGCGUUCUUGAAUAUACGAAACGAGAAAUAUAAGAAUGAUUAUAUUUACAUCAGUCUCCUGGCACAUUGUUUUAUAAUGAACAAGAAAUCCCAAUUGGCUUGGGAUUUAUACCUAAAAAUGGACACAACGACGGAAUCGUUUAAUCUGCUCCAAUUGAUAGCCAACGAUUGUUACAAAGUCGGUGAAUUUUGGUACGCAGCGAAAGCAUUCGACGUGUUGGAACGAAUGGAUCCAAGCCCUGAAAAUUGGGAAGGGAAACGUGGCGCUUGCUGCGGCGUGUUUCAAUGCAUCGUGGCUGAAAGGCAACCAAAGGAGCUAUUAUCCGAAAUUAUACAGCUUUUGAAGAACACUUCGAACUCACAAGUGGAGCAGAUCAUUCGAGUGAUGCGCAAAUGGGGCAAGGAUAACAGAAUUAAUUGUUGAUACGACAGGAAUCGGAUGGACAGAUGAAUGAUCUGUUUAAACGUAAUUUUAUCUUACAUAUAAUUUUGUUUUAAUGGAUAUAUGGAUAAGACGCGUUACUGUUAUGUAUAUGAAUUUAAUAAUAUAAUUACUUUAUUUUAUCUAAGAUCUAAAAGAUCUGUGUAAAGAAUUAACUCAUGGCGUUGAUGAUUUAAUAUAAAAUAGAUAUAUUUAAA